UGACCCUUAGCCCCUUCCGCCUGCUCUGGCAGCCCACGCGAGACUCGUCUGAACCAUGGACAUAAGCACAGUCAACUCUCUUUGCUAUGAAGAUUUUGUGGAUACUUUUGGAAAUGUUGUCGAGAGAGGUCCUCUGAUAGCUGCAGCGGUGUGGUCACACCGCCCAUUCUCCAACUUGUCUGAGCUGGAAGCCCACAUCUCUGAUUUCAUAGACAAGCUCCCCGAAUCAGGUAAGGAGGGAAUUCUCAGAUGCCACCCUGACCUGGCGGGCCGGGACCUCCAGAGGGGGACGUUGACCCGCGAGUCCCAAGAUGAACAGAGCCAGGCCGGCAUGGCAUCCCUCAGUCCCGCGGAGACCACACGGAUGCACCAGCUCAACGCAGACUACAAGAAGCGCUUUGGCUUCCCGUUUGUCAUAUGCGCCAAAAUGAGCGACAAAGCGGGUAUUCUGCGGCAGCUGGCCGAGCGCUCUGGGAACGACCUCAGUCAGGAGAGGGAGUGCGCAAUCAGUGAGGUUAAAAAGAUCUGCUGUCUCCGGCUGCGCAAUCUUGUGCUGUCGGAGACGCGAAAUAAGCUGUAGAGUUCUCUGAUUAAUCAAAUGCUAUAGCUCAAAUGGUGCACUUGUGCUCUUCCGUGUUCAUAUUUCAGCGCAUAUGGCGUAUUAAGUACGCACUGAAACAUAAGUGCACAAUCUGAGACACAGCAAUACGGUUGGGAAAUUAACUUCCCCAUGGAAGAUGGAUACGGGUGAUGAGUGUGCUUAUAGGCAAAAAAAACCGCCACUUGUAGGAUGUCAUAAAUGUUACAAAUAAGUUGUUCCUGCUGUGAUGGCAGCCUGAGUCAACUCGUGUAUGACGGUCAGCAUUGGUUCUUUCUAUGACUAGUUAUUGUGUUGUAGGCCCUAUGAACUGAGUUCAACUGUGUAUGCCUAUCCAGAAUAAAGU